GGCUCUGUGGUGUGCUGCCAGCAGUGGGGAAAGGUAUAAAGGUCCCAGCAGAGUGCCAGAGUCAGGAUCUCUGACACACCCAGCAGCGUCCCAGUUUCCCUCUGCUGUGCUCAGUAGAACAUCACCUCCACCAUGAAGGUAGCUGGUGUUUUCCUGCUCCUCUCCCUGGCACUCUUCUUCUCCCAAGGAAAUGCCGAGGUGGAUGCAGCUGCUUUCAGAGGAACUGAGCCAUCUUGUCAGAAUUUCAACCUGGGGAGAGGGUGUACAAGGGAGUUUGACCCCAUCUGUGGCACGGAUAACGUCCUGUACAGCAACGAGUGCCUGCUGUGCCUGCACAACCUGCAAAGGAACGACCACGUGCGCAUCAGGAACAGAGGAAUGUGCAAAACUCCCCGCAACAACCUGGCUUAAACUGGGCUGAGAGAUCAGGGCACAAAGCUGUCCCCUCUCCCAUCAAACCCCAAUAAAAUGGAAGCAUCGCCA